ACUGACGACUCUCCUCUUCAUAUUCCCGUCUCCCAUACAACAGCGAGAUGCCCGGCCCCGGUGUUGGUUUCGAGUAUCCUGCCCAGGAGGUCAGCUGGACCAAGCGGGAUGCCCUCCUCUUCGCCAACUCAAUUGGUGCCACGGCAGAUGAGCUUCAUUUCCUCUUCGAGCUCGACCCCAACUUCUCCGUCUUCCCGACCUACCCUGUCAUUCUCACCUUCAAGGGCACAACCCACGACGUGAUCGACUUCUACGCCGCCCAGAAAGCCGUCCCAAUUCCCGGCGUCCCAAGCUUCGACCCCACACGCGUCGUCGACGGCCAGCGCAUCCUGCAGUCCUUCAAGCCCCUGCCCACCUCAUCAGCCGGCAAGAGAUUCGAGAUCCGCACCAAGGUGCUGGGCGUCUACGACAAGGGCCGGCCCGGCACGGUGGUGGAGACGCAGUCGGACUUGGUCGACGCCGCGACGGGCGACGUCUACACGCGCGUGCUAUCCUCGUCCUUCUACGUCGGCCAGGGCAACUGGGGCGGGCCCAAAGGCCCCGCGACGGUCAACUACCCGGCGCCCAAGGACGGGCGCCAGCCCGACGCGGUAUUUGAGCACCAGACUACGUCCGAGACGGCGCUGCUAUACCGGCUCAACGGCGACUACAACCCGCUGCACGCGCACCCGGAGCCGGGCAAGAAGAUGGGAUUCGGCGGCGUGAUCAUUCACGGUCUGUACACGUGGAACUGGGCCGCGCACGGUCUGCUGCGGCACCUGGGCGGCAGCGACCCGGCGAAUCUGAAGGAGUACCAGGCGAGGUUUGCGAGCCCCGUGCGGCCGGGCGAUAAGCUGGUUGCGUCGGUGUGGCGGACGGGGCAGAAGCAGGGCGAGUGGGAGGAGGUGCGGUUCGAGGUCAAGGUGGACGGCGGCAAGGUGUGUUUGAGCAAUGGCCGGGCGCUAAUGAAGUGCGUUGGGCCGGUCAAGGGCAAGUUGUAA